GAUGAGGGCCCCACGGGGGCAGUCCCCUGCCUCCACGUCCAUGUCCGCAGAAUGGUUCCGGCGCCGCUUCCUGCACCGGGUACCCUCCUGGGGUCGGGGCCAAUCCGAGCCAAGGGUAUGGGGCACCGGCCCAGGGGACACUAUGGGGCCCCAAGUCAGUGGCCGAGCUCGGCCAGCCAGUCCGUUCCCCUACCGGCGGCCCAAGUUCCUGCGGGGCGUCGGUCCGCCUCCCCGGCCGGACCCUUUCCUCGAUGCUCAGAUCCGUCCGAGGCCAGUCUACUGUCCGGCCCCGGACCGGCCUCUGCCUUGGAAUGCGGGCUACGCUGAGGUUAUUAAUGCAGAGAAAUCCGAGUUCAACGAAGACCAGGCAGCAUGUGGUCAGCUGUCCAUCAAGCAUAGGGAAUUCGGGGACAGUGAAGACCAGGAAUGGAUGAUCCUAUGCCAGGAGGAGUAUGUUACUGGAUGCUACUGGGCACUGUUUGAUGGCCAUGGGGGACCUACUGCUGCAGUCAUUGCCUCCAACGUCUUACACAGCUGCUUGCGAAGAAAGCUGGAAGAUGUAGUGGGGGGCAUCUUGGCGCCCCAACCCCCUAUGCACCUCAGUGGCUGCCGAAUCUGCCCCAGUGACCCCCUGUUUGUGGAGGAGAAGGGAAUCCAGGCACAAGAUCUGGUGAUUGGAGCCAUAGAGGAGGCUUUCCAGGAAUGUGACACAGUGAUUGGGCAUGAGAUGACAGCCACUGGCCAGUCUGGGGGCUGCACAGCUCUGAUCAUCCUCUACCUGGAGGGGAAGCUGUAUGUUGCCAAUGCUGGGGAUAGCAGGGCCAUACUUGUGCAGAAAGAGGGCGUGAAAGCUGUGAGUUCCGAGUUUACCCCUGAGACAGAGAGACGGAGAAUUCAGCACUUGGCCUUCAUUCAUCCCAGGCUUCUGGCAAACGAGUUUACCAGGCUGGAGUUUCCCCGACGCCUGAAGGGUGAAGACCUAGGCCAGAAGGUGCUAUUUCGAGACUACAACAUGAAUGGCUGGGGCUACAAACAAGUGGAGAAAUCAGACCUCAAGUACCCACUGGUUAUUGGACAGGGCAAGCAGGCUCGUUUGUUGGGUACUCUGGCUGUGUCCAGGGGCCUGGGAGACCAUCAGCUAAAGGUUCUGGACUCGGAUAUCAACAUCAAGCCUUUUCUUCUCUCCAUCCCUGAGGUCACUGUAAUAGAUCUGGAACAGCAAGAGACUCAGGAGAAUGAUGUCAUCAUCAUGGCUACUGAUGGGCUCUGGGAUGUCCUGUCAAAUGAACAAGUAGCCCAACUAACUCGUACCUUCCUCCAAGACAACAGACAUGACUCUAACAGGUUCUCAGAACUGGCCAAAUUGUUGAUCCACAGGACCCAGGGCAAAGAGCAGAGCACCUGGGAACAGAGCUCAACUGGGAAAGUGCUGGUAUCCUAUGAUGAUAUCUCUGUGUUUGUGAUUCCCUUGCACCAUAAAAAAUAGUAGGGAUUCCUGAGGUCUUCAGCUAUCUCUUCUUGAAACCUGGGACACCAAGCUAAGAGAAUCUCAAAAGUUGUCGGCUGCCUCAGAGGGAAUUGAUGACCACUGUUUUAAGUCUAGCCCAACCCGUUUUGGAUUUUACAUAUGCUUCAUUUAGCCACAACAGGCUUGGGACUAUUGCAGUCUAGACCAGAGAGACAUGUCCUAGCUCUUGCUACACAAGCUUUUCCUAGCUAGGGGACAUCUGCUGACAUAUUCCAUGAAGCAUGUUCAAGGAACUUUUCAAAAAAACAACAACAACAACAAAAAAUCAGAUUUGGCUUGUCUUGAAAAGAUAAGAGGGCAAACCAUGAGUCCUGAAAAUCAAGGUUAUAAAGAAGUAGAGCAGAAAUAGCAAGGACCCAGGACUUUUGAAGAAAUAGGUGGUUCUUCUCCCUCCGUCCCUCCCCCAAAAAGUUUCUUCCCUGGCUUGUACAAUUUGACUUGGGAAGAGGAUGAAGAGUUGCCUUUUCUCUAAGGGAAUAUACUAAAUCACAUGAUAGUGUCCAGUAAUAUCUCUAGGAUCCACUCAUAACUGGUCCUCUGAUUCUGAGCAUUUUCUUGUGACUAGUCAUGUCCCUGGUUAAUUUGACUAAAUGCAUACUUUUUGUGGAUAGAGGAAUGCUCCAGAAUGAUUUUCUGUUACUUAAAUUACCAUGUACAUUAAAGCUAAAGCUGAAAAUACAAACUUA